UGCGCGCGCGCCGUGGGGCGCCUCGUGCCCGUCGCCGAGCACAUCGGGCUCCACGCCGACGACGCCACCAAGGCCCAGCUGGGGCGGAUGGCCGGGCGACUGAGGACCACGAUGUGGACACUGCUGGUGAUCGGCGUGCUGCACUUCGUCCUGGGCACCGGCACCAUCCUCUCCGCGCAGAAGUACUCCACCGUGACGCUCUGGUUCUACGGGCGGCGCGCGCGCUGGGCCGCCGUCGCCAACCUCUUGCUGUGCGUCGAGGAGGUGGCCGUGCUGGCCGUGGCCGUGGUGGCGUACUACAGCCUGCUGGCCGUCGUCUUCGUGGUGUUCUCGGCCUGCACCGCGCUCUUCCGCGCCAUCGCCUCGGCGUCCCUGGGCGCCGGCGCCAGGGGGCAGCGCGCUGCGGAUGCGCCUCGCCUACCAGACCCCCCUGCUGCACAUGGUGAGCACGGCGUCCGCCUCGCCACUGCACUGCCAACGCCUCCCCGGAGAGACACCCCCCUGCUUGUGCAGCUCGGCGCCGCGUUCCUGGUGCCCCUCGUCGUCACGGUGGAGCUCAUCGGCACCCUGAACACCGCCACGCCCGCCAAGUUCGUCAACCUGGCCGUGCGGCUGGUGGCCAACAUCUUCGUGCCUCUGUGCGUCGUCGGCCAGAUGCUGGAGACGGCGGGCGGGCUGCUGGAGGUGAGCCUCUACGAGGGCCCCUGGACGGAGGAGGACGCCGCGUCGCGCCUGCUCCGCCUGCUGCUGAUGCAGGCCGCCGCCCCGGACGGCGGCAUCACGGCGCUGGGGCUGGGCCGCCUCAACGCCAGGUCCGGCCUGGGCCUGCUGCGCCAGUGGUUCAACUCCAUCAACGUCCUGUCCAAGUUGACCAACUAGCCACUGCAUCCCUGUCUGUUCGCUUUCUCUAUUUAUUUCGUGUCGAGAAACAAGGAUUGUUCUGCAGGACUCGGAUUUUGGUAGAGCGACGGACUUUGUACCUCGUGAUGCGUUCGGUCGCCCGCGGUCACCUGACUGCCAUGCCCGUGUGAGGGCCUGAUCAUGCGCUGAUCAGUAAAUCGCUAUCUGGGUGUGUUUUUCGCGGCCGCGUAGUCGCAUUGCACACGGCAAGUCAAGUCAGGCGGCGGUGCUCUUCUGAAAAAAAGAUAAUAGGCACCGCGCGGUUCGAGAGGCCAUCCUGAAAAAAUAAAAAGUAUUUGCUGAGUGCCGAGUUUCGUCAAGACUAAACGAACUACUACCCACAGAGUGCGACAGUUCUGAAAUUAUAUCGUCUCGAAUCCCAUCUCACUCCCUCUCCAUUUUCACAACGCAAAGGAAAGAGGAAAAGAAGUAUUUCCUAGGAUCGCACAUGUCUGAUCACACUUAUCGUUAUCGUUUUCUCAAAAGUGAAUGCAACUAGAGUACGAAAGCGAUAAGUCAUGGCGGUGUUUCUGAAGCGGGACCGAGUGUAUUAAAAGUAUUCUGGAUGCCAUCUCGAAGAUGCCAUCAAGUGCAGAGGCUUUUUCAGUGCGGGCCCGUGUUUCGAUAAGGUUUCACACGGGCCACUGCUCUGGGUUAGUUGUUGACCCACCGCGGGCGUGGGGCGUUCGCCUCGCCCGCCCCGCCCCGCCC